UAUGCUAAAGUUUAUUCAGUGAAUUAUUGUUGAAUUGUGCUUAAACAAUGUCGAGGAAGACAGGAGCUUCUGAGCCGGUCGGUGGCGAUGCCAAGGGAAUUACCGGGCCCACGAGUGUGGAGAGUGUUAUACCCAGAACCAGACAAGAAUUGCUCAAGUGGAAUGGAUGGGGUUACAAAGACUCGCAGUUCCAGGUUAAUGAUAAAAUGGUUAUCGAGUUCACUGGAUCCAGGUAUCCCAUUGGCAAUCUUCAACUUCCAUACUUCACCCAGUGGGUGAAAGAUGUUUUUGGAGUUGAUUUGGAGAAUAGGACACCACCACAACCCCUACCAACCACCUUCCCAGAGCCCAUUAUAUCUCAGGAGUUUGUUGAUGCCAUUGAAGAGUUAAAAAUUACGUACUCCACCGAUGGAAUGGACAGGCUCUUCAGAGCCCAUGGACACACAUUGAGGGAAAUGUAUCAACUGAAACGAGGACACAUCGAACGAUUACCUGACAUUGUUCUUUGGCCAAAGUGCCAUGACGAUGUGGAAAAGAUCAUCAGGAUAUGUGUGAAGUAUGGAGCUGCUUGUAUACCUAUCGGGGGAGGGACUAGCGUCAGCAGGGCUACUAGUUGCCCUACGAAUGAGAGAAGAACUAUUGUUUCGUUGGAUACCUCACAAAUGAAUAGAAUACUGUGGAUUGACCGGGAUAAUCUUGUUGCUUGCUGCGAGUCGGGGAUUAUUGGACAGGAUCUUGAGAGGGAGCUGAGACUGAGGGGAUUCACCACGGGACAUGAACCAGAUUCUUAUGAAUUUUCUAGUCUUGGCGGUUGGGUGGCAACACGGGCCAGUGGCAUGAAGAAGAAUACCUAUGGUAAUAUAGAGGACCUGGUGAUACGCGUGCGAAUGGUGACCGCUCGUACCGAGGAGUCCACCCUCACCCUGGAGCACAAUGCCCAAGUCCCGAGGAUCUCCAGUGGCCCGGACUUCGACCACAUGAUUCUAGGCUCCGAAGGCACCCUCGGUGUUAUUACCGAUGUCGUCCUUAAGAUCCGACCCCUCCCCAAGAUUGUGAAAUACGGCUCAAUAAUUUUCCCAGACUUUCAGAGUGGAGUGGAAGCUAUGAGAGAGGUAGCGAAACAGCGCUGUCAGCCCGCCAGUAUUCGACUGAUGGACAAUGAGCAGUUUCGCUUUGGUCAGGCCCUCAGGCCCCAGCAGGGCUUCAGCGAUAAAAUAAUGCAGACUCUGAAGCAGGCGUAUGUCACCAAAGUUAAGGGUUUCAAAUGGGAUAGUGUCUGUGUAGCGACUUUACUGUUCGAAGGCUACGAGGCAAAUGAAGUUGCUAAUCAGGAGAAGAAAAUUUAUGCAAUAGCUAAGGAAUUCGGGGGCCUGGCAGCUGGUGAUACAAAUGGUGAACGUGGCUACAUUCUGACCUUCGUCAUCGCCUAUAUCAGGGACCUUGGGCUUGAGUUCGGAGUCCUCUCAGAGUCAUUUGAGACGUCUGUUCCCUGGUCACGUGCCUCCUCACUCUGCAGAAAUGUUAAAUCACGAGUGGCGAGGGAUUGCAAAGAAAUGGGAAUUACCCAUUAUUUAAUUUCCUGUCGGGUAACCCAGACUUAUGACGCUGGUUGCUGCAUUUACUUUUAUCUGGGUUUUACUUAUCUGGGGCAGAAGGAUCCGGUUGAAACUUAUGAGCACAUUGAGGAGAAUGCCAGGGCUGAAAUACUGGCGAGUGGGGGCUCGAUAUCUCAUCACCAUGGGGUGGGGAAAAUGAGAGCGAGGUUUUAUCCGGAUGCUGUGGGGGAUGCGGGGCUUGGGCUCUACAGGGCUACUAAGCAGUAUUUGGAUCCUCAUAAUAUAUUUGCUGCGGGGAAUUUAGAUCCUCACUAUAGAGCCAAAUUGUAAGAUGUUAGGAGGUUUUGUUUUUGAGGUUCGUGGGAAAGGAGAAAAUUUCUGUGGUGAUUUGGUCCUUAACAUUUGGAUAUUUAUAAUAUCAUUGUGGCAUUUUUACUGGAAACCGUUGAGAAAAAUCAGGACACGUUUUAUAAAACUGGAGUUUUGCAUGAUAUUUUUUUACUGUUGGAUAUGAAAAUCUAAUGAAAAAUAUUAGAUCUGUCUCCUUGAAAAUUAAAAAAUGCAUGUCGAAUAUUUUCCAUCAAAUUUUUACAUUUAUCAGUUUUUGCAAUAAAAAAACAUCAUGCAAUAACCCGAUUUAAGAUUUUGAUCAGUUUUCUCUCCCCUUAGACGUGAGAAAGGUCCUUUGGUGUUGUUGAAAUCUUUAUACUCCGAUAAACCUCGAGCACAUAGACCAAAGUUUAUGCCAAAAACCGCCCCGAUAGAGUAAGAGAAUUAGGAAAGAAUAGACACACAAUUGAGAGAUUGGUUUUAAUCGCAAUUCAGAGGGAAUCGUAUAGUGAAUAUGUUAAUUAUACUAAGUGAGAUCAAAUGGACCUUUUUCAUGCAAUCCCACAUUGUAUGGGCGAAAAGGCAAUACAAAACCUUACAGGCACAAGGGAUGGCGCUCCCCCCGAUAGGAAUAUCCCAAGAUCGAGCAAUGUUUGAGGAAAGCCCUGUGGACUUUCAAAUUUCGUUAAAAAUAGAUCUCCAGGGAAAUGCCAAUGCGGUGAUUAGGCUUCGGGAUAUUCUGUAAAUACUUAUAAUAAUGUGGAGAUGACUAGAAUUGAUAUCACAUCUUGCUAUUGUAUUAACAAUAAUAUUUGUUGGAUCAAGAAUAUUUGUCCUAGUUAGGGAAUUUUUUGGCUUUCCAAGAAAGCAUGGGAUGUCAGCAUUUUCCUUGAAAAUUGCCCAAUUCUGACAAUGGAAUUUUCCAUCCGUAUGGAUGAAAGAUAAAUUAACUAUUGAUCUUGACAUUGCCCUCUUGUGGGCUGAAGUCUCAUAAGAAUUUUUUACACUUAUAUAUGAAAAUUUAAUUACAAAUAUGGGACACAUAUUUAUUCAUUGAUUUUUUACAAUGAAAAAUUGACAAUACGUAUCUGCUAUUUUUCAAUAAUUUUUCCUAUUCUUUUAUUCAAUUCCAUUUUCAGUAGCUAUACAAUAACGCAACUGUGCAAUUGUUCAGACCAGUGAGUCUGGCACAAAAUUGGUAUCAAGAUUCCAAGCGUUUUUUUACAAUUUAUAACAGCCCAAAUAUUCUUGACUCAAGAAUUUAUUCAUAGCGUCGAUCUGAAGGUUCUGAUGGACCACUAACUUUUUUAUGGUGAGAGUUACCAGGAAGUUUCAAUUUUUGCGGAUGUGUAUGGGAAUUGAAUUACUCUUCUGUGGGAAUGAGGGUCGAAAUUCGACCAAAUAUCUCUGAAUGUAUAGGAAACGCAACAAUUUCACAAAUAACGUACCCUGUAGAUUUCACAUCGCUCUACAAUGUUCCGUUCUUCUUUAAAUUGAGAGAUAUUUUUGCAAAAAACUUUGCCGUCAACGAUGCAGUUAUAAACUUAGUGCCAAAUUGAGUUGAACUUUAAUGCUGUCCUAUAGAUGGUCUGUGAUCACCAAAGAUGAGUACAAAAAAUUAAUUGUACAUUUUCUAGAGACAGAGACAUGCACUCAAUAAAAUUUUCACGGUAUUAGAAAUACUGAAGUCCCAUAACAGGGCGUUGGAAAAUUUUAUGGCUACAUCACUGACUGUAAUGAAAUAAAUAUCAUGUCUGUCCCCAGCGCAGAAAUUUAAAGAGGAAUGUGAGGAAUAACUGAAACACCUUUCUGGUACAAAUACGGAAUUGUAUUGAUGAUUUUCUUGUUUUUUUAUAAGUUAUUAUAAAUAAACAAACAAAAGAAAUUA